UACAACUAGUACGAUGUGAACAUUAAAGCUGAUUCCAGUCACUAGUUGGAGCCACAUCUUGCUCCUUUUCCAUAGAGCAGUUCAUACCUACAACAGUCAACUCUUUAGAACCAGAGGUCUGAUCUGAACAGGCAUAAAAUCAAUUCAGAGCGUAAAAUCAAUCUAGAGUACUUCUACAACGACAUCAUUCAAUACGAUUGGAAACACUGAAUUCAUUAAAAGAAAAUGGGCAAGCGUUUACGUGUCUCAGCGGUUCACUCCAACCGCAUCAAUAAGGGAGUACGGAAAGACGAGGCCGCCGUCGAAAGCUGGAAAAAACUACCGCGAAAAGCCAAGCAGAAGAUUGCCAAAAAGCUUGCGAGUUUGUCAUCUUCAAAUGGUGAUGCUGAUGGUGGAGCAGAAAUUGUUGGCGGACAGAAGGCCAGUAAGAAGACUAAUGCGGGAGUGCUGAAGAGUAAGAGUCUAAUAGCUCAAGCGACAGCAGCAGACGCGUUCUUCGGCAAGAAGAAUAUCACAAUUCAAGGAAAGAAACUCUUGAAGAAGGGAAAGCUUUCAAUUGGCAGAAGAGCACUCGACGGAUCCAAAGUCAAGAGCGGCUUGAAGAAAACCAAGACUUCUAGAAACGCCACAAGGAUGGAUUCCGACGACGAAGACGUAGACGACAUCAUGAAUCAAGAUGACAACUACACAUCAACGGACACAACAAGCCCUGCACCUGUCCCUACAUCAAAGUUUUUGUUUCGGGAACAGAAGAAGGAAGCAAAGAAGAUGGAACAGCGAGAACAAGACUUGGCGCAACACAACGCGGUGAUGCGCAUACCAGAAUACAGGAAGAACCCUCUACAUUUGCUGAAGCAGCAUUUAUUGGCAUCUACAUGAUGAGACACCUCAUCUGGACAUCCAUUCAUAACGAACACCCACACAUGAAGACAACCUGUCGCUGUCGUCCUCCUUGACUGCAUUUUAUCAAUCGAGAGAAAU